AAUCUGUGUUUAACUGAUCAACGGUUAUUAUUGCAUACUUCGUCGACGGUCAAGCUCUUUUCAAAUAGAUCUACGGUGGAAAUUCCUUCAUAAUAAUCAUCCGUUGAGAUUGAAUACAUCGAUUGCUUUCUGCCACGUGUACGGUCCAGAAGGCACGAUAGAAACGCGUUUUUUUUUUCCACCUAAUUGUUGCAUCCAUUACCAUUAACAACGUGCCCACGCGUAUACGGUUUACUUUAGAAGGUCCGCAACUCCCCUACGCGUCUACGACGUCGUCCCUCACGCACCGCCGUCUCCGAUGGCUAAUCCGCCAACGAUCCCGGUCUCAAACCAUCCUUCGGCCGAUCUCCAGCCUCCGGUCUCCGCCUCCGCCUUCCGUGCGUUCUUCUCCCGCCUCUCUUCGUCGAUCCGCUAUGGCUUCUCCCAGCGACGGCCGUGGUUGGAGCUCGUCGACCGUAGCUCGAUUUCCAGACCGGAGUCUCUCUCCGACGCGUAUUCUCGGAUCCGGAAGAAUCUGCCCUACUUCAAGGUCAACUACGUCACGAUCGUGUCCAUUGUCCUCGCUCUCUCCCUCCUCUCUCACCCUUGGUCCCUCCUCGUUCUCGUCGGCCUCCUCGGCGCGUGGAUGUUCCUCUACCUCUUCCGACCGUCGGAUCAGCCCCUGGUCAUCCUCGGCCGUACGUUUUCCGACCGCGAGACGCUCGGUGUUUUGGUGAUUCUGACGGUCGUUGUCGUGUUCCUGACCAGCGUCGGAUCUCUCUUGACAUCGGCUUUGUUGGUCGGCGUCGGGAUCGUAUGCUUACACGGCGCGUUUAGGGUUCCGGAGGAUCUGUUCCUGGACGAGACAGAGCCCGCGGCUGCCGGAUUCCUGUCGUUCCUCAGCGGCGCCGAUCGCCGCUCGUGUUUGAGGGGGGUAACACAUUCGGCGACUAUCCUCGACGGGUCUAUGACCAAAGAGAGGAAAUGGGUUUUCUCCCCUCAAGUUUUUGGUAGGAAAUUCAAUUUGCAGUGAUCAUUCUUUUACUCUGGAAAUUGUUUGUGUUCGGGUCAAUUUGAAUUGGGAUGAAUAUAGAUUUGCUCUUGUCCGUUGCAAAGUCAGAAGAAUCAAAGAUUCUUUUAUUCUACAAGAAAACAUUUCUUUCUCUGUUCGUUUCAAUCUUUUUUUCUCUUUUGCAUGUUGGAUUGAGAUUCUGACAUUGAACAUAAUCUCGAGAUGAGGAUGGUGACCCAGAAGUUAAAAAUGGACACCUUUCGAUUCUGUUGCCAAGAGGGUCUCACAAAUUUGGAUAAUGGCAUUAGCAAAUAUUUGACUAAUGGCAUGACAUUGUGUUUACAAAUCACGAUACUUUUUUCUUUUGUAUUUCUCCGGGAAAACCCCCGAGUGUUUUCAAUCAAUCUGUAAAUCGGGUAUCCAAAAAUUGAUGUGUACGGGUCCAAUGUCUAGGGUUCUCCUCACCUCGAUACAUUGUUUCGCUUCGUCUCCAAUGUCUCGAUCUUGUCUCAGACGGACAUCUCGUGCGUCUCACCUCAUCCUUGUUUGGUACGGUUACAACACAGGAAGAAGUUGAGUUGCAGAUGCCAGAAGUCAGUUGUCUUUCUUUUUUUCUCUGUGGCAUGAAUUCACACUUGUUUUGCUUCUGUUUUCUUCUUGGUGGGGGUUUUUGUUUCGUAGUUGCAUUUCCCCUUUAGUGUUUUUUCUCUCUCGUUAA